AUGCUCCUCCAGAAGUGCUUGAUUGAUGUUGCGCCGUCGGUAUCUUGUCUGUGGGUCGAGGGGAAGCCCAGUCAGCCCAAGCCUGCACCCCACCCCGGAGAAUUGCCAUCUGCGACCCCUUGGCCUUCCGGCCGUUUUAUUUUUUUUUGCACGGCCGAAUUCUGGGAUUUUUUUUGCUGUCGCCGAGCCAAAAUGGAUUUCCAUCUUGCAAGAUGGAAAUUCUGAAAAAGAGUAGAAGAAGUAAAAGAUGUAAAAGGUGCAAAGGAUGAAAAGAAGCAAAAAAAGUUAAAGAAGAAAGUGAGAAAGAAAGAUAGUUUUGUUAAAAAGCUCAUAAGAGCUGCAACAAUGCGAAAGCAUUGUUAUAAGUAA